AUGGCGUACCCGCCAAAGACACCCACCCGCCACCGCUCUCGCUCAGAGACCAAAACCCCGCUCUCCUCGUCCUUCUUCGGGACAAACAACCUCGCCGACGCCUCGAAUCCGUUCAUCGUCGCCAGCCGUCCCCCGUCCCCCGUCAAGCGGUCCAUCCCCGUCUCGGAGACGCUGCAGCGGCAGGCGAGCGCAGGCGUCAUCCGCAGGGGCGGCGUCGAGAGCAGGCUGGACGUCGUCACGCGCGACUACGUCCCGCCACCGCCGAAGUCGGAGAAACGCUCGCGGUCGCAGCCGUCGCGCGACAACCGGGACCGGUUCAUCACCACCCGCGACCCCGCCGAUGAAGUCGCUGCGACGCUCGACCUUAUGUCCCUCAACCCCGAAUCCGCCUCCCCCGGCCACACCGCGCGCCUCGCAGCCGCAACAGGCGUGCCACUGAAUCGUCGUAUCCUCGCGUACCACGAGCCCCCACCCGCGGCGUCCUCCGACCCGCUCAUGGCGCAGGCGCGCGAGCUCGUCCGCCCGCUCUACGCGCGCGCGGGCUCCGCCCCCGCAGGAAGCUCGGGGACGACGGGGUCUAAGGACCGCAAGAUCUCGACAUACCCGUACAAGAUCCUCGACGCACCGGGGAUGCAGGACGACUUCUACCUGAACCUGAUCUCGUGGAGCGCGACGAACGCGGUGGGGAUCGCGCUCGGGAACAGCGCGUACAUGUGGAAGGCGGAGAGCGGGGAGGUGGUGCUGGUGAGCGAGGGCCCGGAGGGCUCGUACAUCGCCUCGCUGGACUUUUCGAACGACGGGCAGUUCCUCGGCGUGGGCUACCCGUCCGGGGCGGUCGAGCUGUGGGACGUCGAGACGCAGACGAAGCUGCGCACGAUGGGCGGGCACGCGGCGCAGGUGGGCGUGCUCGCGUGGAACGGGCACAUCCUGAGCUCGGGCUGCCAGGACGGGAGCAUCUGGCACCACGACGUGCGCGUCGCGCGGCACAAGGUCGGCGAGCUGCUCGGGCACCAGGGCGAGGUGUGCGGCCUGCGCUGGCGGCCGGACGGCGAGCUGCUCGCGAGCGGGGGGAACGACAACGUGCUGAACGUGUGGGACGGGCGCGUGGGCGACGCGGGGAACGAGGCGAGCGGGUCGCGCACGGGGCCGCGCUGGACGAAGCGCAACCACACGGCGGCGGUGAAGGCGGUCGCGUGGUGCCCGUGGCAGCCGGCGCUGCUCGCGUCGGGCGGGGGCACGUCGGACGCGACGGUGCACAUCUGGAACACGACGACGGGCGCGCGGCUGCACUCGCUGGUGACGCCCGCGCAGAUCUCGUCGAUCCAGUGGGGGGCGCACAAGAAGGAGUUCCUGACGACGCACGGGUACCCGACGAACGCGAUCAUGGUGCACAGCUACCCGGGGAUGGAGAAGGUGGCGGAGAUCAAGGACGCGCACGACUCGCGGGUGCUGUUCUCGGCGGUGAGCCCGAACGGGGAGCUCGUCGCGACCGCGGCGGGGGACGAGAACCUGAAGUUUUGGAAGAUCUGGGACGCGCCGAAGGUGCGGAAGAAGGAGGCGAAGGAGGCGCGCGGGCUGGGGAGCUCGAACAGCGGCAUUUUGAGCAUUCGGUCCGACCCAGAGGUCGCCCGCCUCGCAUCCCUCCCCAGCGUCACCCCACAGACCCGUCCCGUCUCGGACCCCUCCAUCUCCCACAUCGCUAUCCACCCUCUCCUCCACUCCCACUCCGUCGCCGACCUUCUCGUCCCCAUCGCCCCCUUGAGCCCCUUGGAACUCUCCGCGCCCAUCUCCUACCCAGACCUGCCCAGCGAGCCGUCUCAGCCGCUGCGGCUCCCAUCCUUCGUCGCCCCGCUGGCCCACACCACAGAUCGCCCGCAAGCUCAGGCAGGAACUGAGCGCUGCGCGCGGCAGCACGGCCCCGCGGCGAGCGAGGAGCUCGACGCCGUCGCCCGCGUCGCCAGCCUCAAGGCCGCGCUCACCGCGGAGCGCAUCGCGCGGGAGGUCGCGGAGGAGGCGUGCGCCGAGUACGCGGAGCAGGUCGUCGCGCUCCAGGACGAGGUCGUCCAGCUGCGCCAGGCCCUCUUCGCGUCCGUCGCGGGCGACUUGAAGACGAAGGAGGAGCCGUCGUUCGCGUCCAUGUUCGACUCGAUCAUGGACACCCCCGGCGGCGUGGCGCGAGCGGUCGGCGGCGCGCGGGACCCCGCCCCGGAGGCGGAGCGCGACCGCCUGCGCCACUUCGUGCAGCUCAUGAUCGCUGUCGGGGGGCACAAGCCGGUCGUCGAUGCGGCGUACACGCGCGUUGCCCAGGGGGAGGACGCGGAGGCUGCCCUGGUGGCGGCGAUCAAGGACGCGGUCAGGCACCCGGGGAGCGUGUGGCGCGGGCUGCUCGAGCCGCUCACGGGCCCGCGCACGCAGGACGUGUACACGGCGCAGGUGCGGUGCACGCUCGACGCGCGCAGGCAGACGACGGACUGGCGUAAACGCACGGCGUUUUGGAAAGUCAAGGCGAAGGAGGGCGGGCGGAACGCGGAGACCGUCACGCCGUCUGUGUCGGCCAUCUCUGCGGUCGUCGACGCCAUUGCCGGAGAGAGGGCCACGGGGGUGCAGGGGACGAGGGCGGCACGAGAGGCACCGUUCCCGAUGCUGGACGUGGCCAUUCCCCGGGUGGACCUCGGGGAGAGGCAGCGGGACGACCUCACUCCCACCGCGUCCCAGUUCGUGCUCGACAUGGUCGCGCACUGGAGCGAGGAUGAGCCAGAGGGCUCGCAGGACUCGUCACUUCCUGCGUGCUCCUCCUCGAUGGUCCUGCCGAUCGCGACGCGCCCGCCGUCCGUGGACGUCGCGGAGCCUCAGUUGGCAUCCUCGGCCUCGCGAAGCGCCCACAGCACGGUCUCUGCCGCGCCGACGCACGCCCCGCACAGAUACUGGCGCUCCAGGUCCAGCGCCGAGUCGGCGCGUUCGUCCGGGUCGGGCUCGGGGUCCAGCUCGAGCUGCGGCUCCCGCGAGGCAGCCCAGCAGUCCGGAGUGUCGGAGGCGUCGACGGCCACGGCGGUCGCGUCGCCCGGCGCCGCGUUCAGCCCGCUUCCACAGGACCUCGUCAAGUUCGGCAAGGGGUCCGAGGAAGACUUCGUCCUCGUCCUGCACAACGACUUCUCCGACACCUCGCACGGCGCGACGCAACCCGCGCCCGCUCCAGCACCCGAACCAGAGUACGAGUCGGAGUCGGAGUCGGAGUCAGAGCGAGAGCGGGAAGGCGCGGGCGGGACGACGCGGAAUAUUGCGACGAAGGGCGGCGGCGCGCCGGGGAGCCCGGAGAAGCGGUCGCGCCUGCCGGUGCGCAUGCGGUCCGGGCUGAGGCUGCGGGUCAUCAAGCGCAUCUCGACGACGUUCUCGAUCUCGCGGCCGACAGUCGCGGAGGCGAAGGAGACGAACGCGUGCGCGACGGCUGUGGUGGGCGUGGGCGCGAUGGGGACCCGGAAGGACGACGGGGCGUUGGGGCGAGCGGGGACUGUGGGGAUGCGGGGGAAGGCGGCUGCGGGCGCGGGUGCGGAGGCAAGGGACAGGGGCGGGUCGACGGGGAGCCAGACGAGGAUCCCGAUGGGGAGGAGGCUGCAGAGGUUCGGGAUGUGA